AUGCAGCGGCAGCAACGCCUGCAGCGCCGCCAGCAGCAACAACUGCAAGGUGCCGAAGCAGCAGCAGCAGCAACAGCGGCAGCGCCAACUGCGGCAGCAGCAGCAGCAGCGCCAACUGGUGCAGCAGCAGCAGCAGCAACAGCAGCAGCAGCUCCAACAGGUACAACAGCAGCAGCAGCAGCGGCGCUAACUGCAGCAGCAAGCUCGUGCAGCCACGUGGCUAUCUGA